ACCACUUUAUGCGCGACAGCGCCAACCCGCUUAAGCCCGAGCGGGCAAACGGCGUGAGUGCAAUGUCAAAAUGUUCUCAUUCGCUCGACAUACGCACGCCAUUCUGGCUUCCCCCACUUUCUCAAUUCCCCGAUAUACGCGCCGCCUCCCAAGUCUAGGUGUAUUAAGUCACAGCUCGCGUCUACGCAACACUAAGCCACAUUUCAAAUCAUUCAAAUCUUUUCGUUGCUCUUCUUCGUGCUCGACCCGUACAAUGGGAUCCCUUGGUGCCCUAGACGAGCCACUGCAGUACCCGGUUGCUCGCAGAGACGAGUCCGUCGUCGAAGACUACCACGGAGUAAAAAUCGCCGACCCUUACCGAUGGCUUGAGGAUCCUGACGCAGAGGAAGUGAAAGAGUUCGUGCAGAAGCAGGUGAAAUUGACAGGGUCGGUGCUCGAGAAGUGCGAGACGAGAGAGAAGCUUCGGGAGAAGAUCACGAAGCUCUUUGACCACCCGCGUUACGAUGCGCCUUUCAGGCGAGGGAACAAGUACUUCUACUUUCACAACACUGGGCUUCAAGCGCAGAACGUCCUCUACGUUCAGGAUAGUUUGGAUGGAGAACCUGAGGUUUUGCUGGACCCGAAUGCGCUUAGCGAAGAUGGAACUGUCUCUUUGAACACGCUCUCGGUUAGUGAGGAUGCCAAAUACUUGGCGUACGGGCUUAGCGCGAGCGGUAGCGAUUGGGUGACAAUCAAAGUAAUGCGGGUUGAGGAUAAGAAGGUUGAAGCUGAUACUUUAUCAUGGGUUAAAUUUUCGUCCAUCAGUUGGACCCAUGAUAGCAAAGGGUUUUUCUACAGCCGAUAUCCUGCUCCCAAAGAGGGAGAAAAUGUAGAUGCUGGGACGGAGACUAAUUCUAACCUUUAUCAUGAGCUAUACUAUCAUUUCUUGGGUACGGAUCAAUCUGAAGAUAUUUUAUGCUGGAGAGAUCCUGAAAACGCUAAAUACAUGUUUGGAGCUAGUGUUACGGAUGAUGGGAAGUAUGUUCUUCUGUACAUUGAUGAAGGUUGUGACCCUGUCAACAAAUUUUAUUACUGUGACUUGUCUGAACUUCCUAAUGGCCUUCUAGGUUUGAAGGGGAAAAAUGACUUGCCCCCAUUUAUUAAGCUUAUUGAUGAAUUUGAUGCACAAUAUCAUGCUGUUGCAAAUGAUGACACCGUUUUUACUUUUCUGACAAAUAAAGAUGCUCCAAAAUAUAAGUUAACCCGAGUAGAUUUGAAGGAACCAACUGUUUGGACUGAUGUUAUCCAAGAGGCUGAAAAGGAUGUACUUGAAUCAGCUAGUGCUGUUAAUGGUAACCAAAUGAUUGUGAGUUACCUGAGCGAUGUUAAGUAUGUUCUGCAGAUAAGGGACUUGAAAUCAGGUUCCUUGCUGCAUCAAUUACCCAUUGACAUAGGGACAGUAAAUGGGAUUUCUGCAAGGCGUAAAGACAAUGUGGUUUUUAUUGGGUUUACUAGCUUUCUUGCCCCCGGUAUAAUUUAUCAGUGCAAUUUAGAAUCUGAGGUUCCUGAUAUGAAGAUAUUUCGUGAAAUUGUUGUUCCUGGGUUUGAUCGCUCAGAGUUCCAUGUCGAUCAGGUUUUUGUGCCUAGUAAGGAUGGUACCAAGAUACCGAUGUUCAUUGUGGCCCAAAAGAAUAUUCAUUUGGAUGGAUCACACCCCUGUUUGUUAUAUGGAUAUGGUGGAUUUAACAUUAGUCUUACACCAUCAUUCAGUGUUGGUCGUAUCGUACUCACACGGCAUCUAGGUGCUGUUUUCUGCAUAGCAAACAUUCGUGGUGGUGGAGAGUAUGGAGAGGAAUGGCAUAAAGCGGGUUCACUUGCAAAGAAGCAAAAUUGCUUUGAUGACUUCAUUUCUGCUGCUGAAUACCUUAUAUCUGCUGGUUAUACCCAACCCAAAAAGUUGUGUAUAGAAGGUGGAAGCAAUGGUGGGCUUCUUGUUGGGGCUUGCAUAAAUCAGAGACCUGAUCUUUUUGGUUGUGCUUUGGCUCAUGUUGGUGUUAUGGACAUGCUGCGAUUCCAUAAGUUCACAAUUGGCCAUGCAUGGACUACUGAUUAUGGUUCUUCAGACAAGGAGGAAGAGUUUCAUUGGAUAAUCAAGUAUUCUCCACUGCAUAAUGUCAGGAGACCUUGGGAAAAGCAUCCGGAUCAACCUUCCCAGUAUCCACCCACAAUGUUGUUGACCGCUGAUCAUGAUGAUAGGGUUGUGCCAUUGCACUCACUGAAGUUAUUAGCGACCAUGCAAUAUGUUCUGUGCACAAGCUUGGAGAAAAGCCCCCAGAUCAAUCCUAUCAUUGGUCGCAUUGAGUGUAAGGCAGGGCAUGGAGCUGGACGUCCUACACAAAAAAUGAUUGAUGAAGCUGCUGACCGGUACGGUUUUAUGGCCAAGAUGUUGGAUGCAUCAUGGAUUGAGUAGAUUCCAUUAGUUGAAGAAAGUGAAGCCUUGGCGGGAGGCUGGAUAUGAUGCACAUCUGCCCAAGGCUGAAUCUUUUAUUUUUACCAACCUUUUUUUUCCUUUUUCUUUUUAAGCAUAACUACAAAGGAAAUAAAGGAAAUCAUGGUUGUCUUUUUUGGCAUUUUAUACUACGAUUGUUGGGAAUUAUUUUUAACAAUUCAUAUGCAAAAAGAAUAUGUGCGACUCUCCUCGGCUGUCCGAGGCAAUCAAUUGAAAUAACUAUUCAUUCUAUUCUGCAA